AUGCAUGCCAUUUUCUCUCGCAAGUUCGUCGUUGGCGUUGGCUCUUCUUCAUCUAUGAUGAAGAAGAAGAAGCCCGCUUUCCCUUACACAAGCCAUCUCCUUCCAUCAGAGAUUCAUGGGUUCUUUGCCAGCACGUUGAGAAACAACACACAUCUGAAGUUGAAACCCGGAAGUACUCUCUUGGAGUCUAGAGCUGGGUUCUUAGAUCCUCAGCUUCCUCCAAAACCUUGGGUUUUCACUGGGUUUCAAAAACGUGGAUGGAAGUCUUGGUUUAAUGGAGGUAAUGGCGUUGUUUUCGGAUUGAUAAUAGCUAAUGUUGCUGUAUUUACUAUGUGGAAGAAUUCAGACAAGACAUGGAUGGCGAAAAAUUUUGUGCUAUCAUCGUACACCUUUAUGUCUGGACGUAUACACACGCUGAUAACUUCGGGGUUCAGUAAUGUUGGAACUAGUCAACUCAUCGUUAACAUGUUUGGACUCUACUACUUUGGGACCAGAAUCGCAAGAACCUUGGGACCGGUCUACCUUUUGAAGCUCUACUUUGCUGGAUCACUUGCUGGCUCUUUUCUCUUCAUAAGUCUUCAUGGUGUAAUGGCAAUUCUCAAGGUAACCAUAAUAGUUUCCUUGCUCUCAAAUCAUGCUAGAUACAUCCAUAGAGAAGGUCCAGAGAGAUCUGUAUAUGCCAUUGCACUGCUUGAUCUCUGCCUCUACCCAAGAGUUACUACAUACUUUGAGUUUAUUUGCCGAGUACCCCUAAUGCUUGGGGAACAGAAGAGUAUCACCGGGGGUUCGAUUCACGCUGUGGGAGGAGCUAUGGUUGCAGCCAUUGCGUGGAAGCAGAUUAAGAAAGGUCGAUUCAACUAUUGA